GUGGUCCAGUGCGGAGUGCAAAUGCACCCAGGUCGGAAACACAAACGUUGGUUGUUAAAAUUUGGGCCUAGUUGUCGGCCCCAACACCUGCAGAUGUAUGAAUGCACGGGUGCUAAUACAACAUGCGCUGGCAAACCAGAUUCUCAAAGCUUGAGUUUUGCACGAGGUGCCCAAUACAAUCACGAUGCAUUGCUCAAAUUUCCGCAGGAUAUUGAACUCUUUGAACCAGACACCAACAAAGUCGUUUGGCAAAAGUGAAACAAUGAUUAUUUUUUGUUGGGUGGGGGUUCGGCAAACAUGCGUAGUGAACAUGAACGUUAUUUUCUUCUAAUUUGCAACCACGGCGGUGGAUGACAGCCACAUGGGAGACCCUGGUGCAAGCUGCUCAGCAAGGUGAUGCAAUUGCCGCUUUGGAACGCCUUGAGCCUUUGCUCCGUGAUGUCAACCCGACAUUGCGCUAUGAAGGUCUUGAAGCGAUGAUUCGGAUCGCCUUACUGGUUUAUGCCCGAGCUGAUCCUCAAGAGGUGAGUGCUUGCUAUGAAAAACUUCCGCGCCACUUCGCAGCAAGGGUUGGAGAUCCUGAUCAGGAUGUUCGCGCCUUGGCGUUAGAAGGCAUCUCGUCGGUGAUCAAGAGAGGAGACCAUGAAACAGGUGAUCACGUUGUUGCUCACCUGAAGGACUGGAGAGGUGGUGUUCGCAGGACAGCAGUCGACGCGUUAGCCCGUUUAUUCGCAGGUGGUUUGGCAAAGGACACCGUGCUGACCAAGCUUGUUGCUUGCAUUGAGGACCAAGAUGCGGAGGUUCGACGCUCAACCGCGCGUACUUUAGUCACCAUCUGCCCUGAAGGCAAUCAGGCGACGCUGGCUGCCCUGGCGGGAAAGAUCAAGGGCCCUUUGCGAGAGUUGCACGCCCUUGCCACAGAGGUUUUGUGGACGGUUGCCAAGCCUGGAGAUGCAAAAGUCAUCAAGUUGCUGUCGCAUUUGCUUCAGUCGAACGACGACCCUAGGGUCCGGCGACAAGCUGCCAUGGGAUUGGGCAAAAUGGGAACUCCCAGCAAGGACAAGGAACAUCCAAACAAGCAUGCUGAGGUGUGUAUCGAAGCGUUGUGCACUGCUUUGGGCUGCUGCAUGGACCUGCCCAUUGUGGACCUGCAGUGGAUUGCCGACGAGCCAAAGCGCCGUGAAGAAGAGGAGCUCAGGAGGCUUAUGGAAGCGCAAGCAGAGCUUGAACAGCAGGAGGCUGAUCAAACCAGUGAAGAGCAGGAUUCGCAAGAUGAAGCCGAUGCUAACCAGGGUGAUGCCAGUCCUGCAGAGCCAGUGAUCGAGGCAAACCCCUUCCAAGAGCAACCGCCGCAACCGGAAGACGAUGUCCAAGGCACCCAGGAACAAGGAGAGGAGCAGACGUCACAGCCGUCUGCUGAAAACCCUGAAGAAGACAGCCCUGUGGAAGGGUGUGAUGAAGCUCUCGCACCUGGAGAUCUUUUUCCACACCUUCGCUUUGAUCUUCUGCCUGAGACAGAGAAGGACUGCGAUCACUCAGUGCGAUAUGAAGCACUGUCCUCGCUGGAAAAGAUCAUUGACCGGGGAGAUCGCCGUGUUUUGGGUGCUUUGCUAGUUGCAUUGCGGGAUCCUGAUCGUGAGGUAUGCUGCAAAGCAGUUGAAGCCAUCUCGGCCCUCUACGAGUUUGUGCCUGGUGAUCUGACUGUUGUCAUUGCAGUGGCGCAAGUCCUCAUGCAGGAUAGCGAUGGGUAUGGCAACAUCAACAACCGGAAAGCAGCUUUGCGUGCUCUCAUCACAGCCGCCGGCGUCGCCGAUGAGGCAAUGUCAGCCGUGCUUCUUUGCCAUUUGGAGACGAUGCGGGAUAAAAGCACACUGGAUGCCGGUGCUGGGGAGCGGAAAUUGUUGCUGCAGGCUUUGGACUGUGUGGUUCCAGAGGACCUGCGAUCACAGCUUGGAGAUGCUUUAGUAGCAAGCCUUGAGGACCAGACAGUGGAGGAGCUUCAAUCCGAGCCCGGCUGUUUGACAUCCUCCUUCAUUUCAUAGUUUUCCCACGAUUCUUUCUCCACAUGUUAGUUUCGUUCGAUUUUGUUGUGUGUGAGCUGUGCCUUCUAGUCUUAAACGAGCAGGUGCGGCUUACUUCUCUGAAGUUACUGGGUGCCUUAGAUCCAGACUCAGAACGCAUCUCUGCGAUCUCCAAUCGCUUGCGUGACCGUCACCCAGCAGUCAAGGCCCUUGCAGCAGAGGUUCUUUCGUCCUGGGGAGAGGAGCCUGUGAAGGCCAGGGCCUUUAGAGUUGGAGGAAAUGAAUAUCGACUUGGUGAAUGAACAUGCCCCUGGAGAGGAAGUUCAAGCGGCUGCCCGUAGUGUCAUCACUUUCCAGCAUCACCUUAGAAGGGGCUUGUUUUGUAGAUCUAGCUUCCUUCAGUAUGAGGUGGUUUACAGAAUGCAAAGUCCAAUGUGAGGAAGUUUGCUUGUCGCUCUAAGAGCGAGUAGUUCAAGGCGCAAGUGCAUGCGCUGAUGCAGAGAAGUGCUUGGUCAAGCCAACAUUCGCCCUGCAUUGUGCAAAGCCUCACCAUGGCAACGUCGGCAAGAAGUCAGAGAUAACGUGCAGAA